AUGGCGCUGAGUCUGACGGUGAACCCCGCUCGACUCCCUCUCGGAGCCUUGCUGACUGCAGAACUUGUAAAGGAUCAAGUUAAAAUUUCAGUUGAAGAAGGCAAAGAAACCAUCCUGCGGGUAUCUGAUCAAAUUACAUUCACUGAUGCGACUUCCAUUGCUCGCUAUUUGGCCAGAAUUGCCCCUUCUGCUAGAUUAUAUGGAUCAAAUUUGCUGGAGCACACCGAGAUUGAUCAUUGGCUGGAAUUCAGUGCUAGAAAAUUGUCUGAUCCAGACUGUUUUGCUCCAGCAAUUCAAGAACUCAAUAACUCCCUUUCUCUGAGGACCUACUUGGUUGGGAACUCCUUGAGCCUUGCGGAUUUCAGUGUCUGGGCAACAUUAAAAGGCAACAAUCAGUGGCAAGAGCAGUUAGUUCAAGCUAAGGCUCCAGUUCAUAUAAAACGCUGGUACAACUUUCUUGAGGCUCAGGGUGUUUUUCAGUCAGUAGGUACACAGUGGUCUGUACCUGCUCCUGUUUCCAAGGCCAAAGUGGCUGCAGAUAAGAAACAAGAUGUUGGGAAGUUUGUUGAGCUCCCUGGUGCAGAGGUGGGGAAGGUCAUAGUUCGAUUUCCGCCUGAAGCAAGCGGAUACUUACAUAUUGGCCAUGCAAAAGCUGCUUUGUUGAAUCAGCACUACCAAGUCAACUUCAAGGGUAAACUGAUCAUGAGGUUUGAUGAUACAAAUCCAGAAAAAGAAAAGGAAGAUUUUGAAAAGGUUAUCUUGGAAGAUGUUGCAAUGCUGCAUAUUAAACCAGACCAGUUCACAUACACAUCUGAUCAUUUUGAGACAAUAAUGAAAUACGCUGAAAAGCUCAUUCAGGAAGGGAAAGCUUAUGUAGACAACACACCUGCUGAACAAAUGAAAAUGGAACGAGAGCAGAGAAUUGAAUCCAAGCAUAGGAAUAACUCUGUUGAAAAAAACCGGCAGAUGUGGGAAGAAAUGAAAAAAGGAACAGAAUAUGGGCAGAGCUGUUGUCUACGGGCAAAAAUUGACAUGACUAGUAAUAAUGGAUGUCUGAGGGAUCCAACUCUUUAUCGUUGCAAAAACCAGCCACACCCACGUACUGGAAAUAAGUACAAUAUCUAUCCCACAUAUGACUUUGCCUGCCCUAUAGUCGACAGUAUUGAAGGUGUUACUCAUGCAUUAAGAACAACAGAAUAUCACGACAGAGAUGAGCAGUUCUACUGGAUAAUUGAAGCCCUUGGCAUAAGGAAGCCAUAUAUCUGGGAGUAUAGCCGUUUAAACCUCAACAACACUGUGCUGUCUAAAAGAAAACUAACCUGGUUUGUCAAUGAAGGGCUAGUGGAUGGCUGGGAUGAUCCCAGAUUCCCCACUGUGCGUGGAGUGCUGAGAAGAGGCAUGACAGUUGAAGGACUGAAACAGUUUAUUGCUGCACAGGGUUCUUCUCGGUCAGUUGUAAACAUGGAAUGGGAUAAGAUUUGGUCAUUUAACAAAAAGCUGCGAGCUAUCUGUAAGAAGGUUAUCGACCCAGUGGCACCUCGGUAUACUGCGUUGCUGAAAGAUGAAGUGGUCACAGUGAAUGUUCCCGAAGCUCAAGAGGAGAUGAAAGAGGUGGCCAAACAUCCAAAGAAUGCUGAAAUUGGCUUGAAGCCUGUGUGGUACAGUCCCAAAGUGCUGAUCGAAGGAGCGGAUGCAGAGACUUUGACAGAAGGGGAGACUGUUACGUUUAUUAACUGGGGCAACGUCGUCAUUACCAAAAUACACAAGAAUUCUGCAGGAAAAACCACAUCCAUUCAUGCUGCUCUCAACUUGGAGAACAAAGACUACAAAAAAACUGCUAAGAUUACCUGGUUAGCAGAAACCUCUCGUGUGCCUCCGAUCCCAACUGUCUGUGUCACCUAUGAACAUUUGAUCACCAAACCUGUCCUAGGCAAAGAUGAAGAUUUCAAGCAGUAUGUCAACAGAGAUAGCAAGAAAGAAGAACUGAUGUUAGGUGACCCUUGCCUUAAAGAUUUGAAAAAGGGAGACAUCAUCCAGCUUCAGAGAAGAGGCUUUUAUAUUUGUGAUCAGCCGUACGAGCCCAUCAGUCCGUACAGUUGUAAAGAAGCCCCGUGCAUUUUGAUUUACAUCCCUGAUGGACACACAAAAGAAAUGCCAACAUCUGGAUCUAAGGAGAAGUCUAAGGCAGAAACAGCAAACAAAGAGACCAUCACUGCAUUGAAAGAACAAUCUGCUCCACUUGUGACCGAUGUUUCUUGUCCUGCAUCUUCCUCUUCAUCCGAGGACCACUUAGCUCUUUAUAACAGAGUGGUAGCUCAAGGUGAUGCAGUUCGUGACUUGAAAGCCAAAAAGGCAACAAAGGAAGAUAUUGAUGCUGCUGUGAAGCAGCUGUUGGCCUUGAAAGCAGAAUACAAAAAGAAGGUUGGUCAAGAAUACAAGCCUGGAAAUCCACCACCACCACCAGCAGUCCAGCUUCAGUCUUCCGAGAUCCCCACCGCCAGUCUAGACUGCAGAGCUCUUUAUGAUAAUGUAGCUCAGCAAGGGGAACUAGUUCGAAAGCUGAAAACAGAGAAAGCACCCAAGGAUCAGAUAGACGCUGCUGUGAAACUGCUUCUAGCUCUAAAAGCAGAAUAUAAGCAAAAAUCAGGGCAGGAAUACAAACCUGGAAACCCACCAAAGAGUGUCCUUCCUAGUUCAAUUCCUGCUGCUGCUCCUUCUCCUCUUCCUCCUCCUGCAUCCCCCUGCCUGGUAGACAGCAACGCUCUUUACAAUAAAGUAGCUGAACAAGGCGAUGUGGUUCGUAGACUUAAAUCCGAGAAAGCUUCAAAGGAUCAGAUAGAUGCUGCUGUGAAAGCGCUUCUUGCUCUAAAGGCAGACUAUAAACAAAAGACAGGACAAGAUUAUAAACCUGGAAACCCACCUGCAGCUCCUCUUUCCUUCUUGUCCUCUUGUGCUUCUGAUCCUUCUCCAUUCUGCAAUGGCUUGGCAUCUUCUAGCCCCGUAGACAGAAAAGCUCUGUACGAUAAGGUAGCUGAACAAGGCAAGGUGGUACGGAGACUCAAAGCUGAAAAGGUUUCCAAGGAUCAAGUGGACGAGGCCGUCAAACUCCUCCUUUCCCUGAAAGCAGAGUAUAAAGACAAGACAGGUCAGGACUACAACCCGGGACAGCUGCCAGCAUUUCAGGCACCUGCUGUGAUCCAGCCAACGAGUACAGCAACCAGCGGCCCCGACACACCAGAAGCUAAAGCUCUCUUCAACAAGGUGGCCGCCCAAGGAGAGGUGGUCCGGAAGUUAAAAGCAGAGAAGGCAGAAAAGGCUACAGUUGAUGCAGCAGUGCAAGAUCUUCUUCAGUUGAAGAAGCAAUACAAAUUUCUGGCAGGGGCAGACUAUAAGCCAGUCUCUGCAACUGGUGUAGAGGACAAAGACAAGAAGAGCAAGGAAAAAGAGAACAAAUCUGAAAAGCAGAAUAAACAACAGAAGGGGAGUGAUGGCCAGAAGAAAGAACCACAGAAGGAUCAGGGUGGGAGCAGCAACCUGUCUUCCAAUGGACCAGGAGAUGGUCAAGGACCCAAGAAACAAACCAGAUUGGGUCUAGAGGCUAAGAAGGAAGAGAAUCUAUCUGAAUGGUAUUCUCAGGUGAUCACAAAAUCAGAGAUGAUUGAAUAUUAUGAUGUCAGCGGUUGCUACAUUCUCCGUCCAUGGGCUUAUGCUGUCUGGGAAUCCAUCAAGGAGUUUUUUGAUACUGAAAUCAAGAAACUUGGUGUGGAAAACUGCUACUUUCCCAUGUUUGUGUCCCAGGCUGCCCUCGAAAAAGAGAAGACACAUAUUGCUGACUUUGCCCCAGAGGUUGCAUGGGUUACACGGUCUGGCAAAACAGAGCUGGCUGAGCCAAUAGCUGUCCGUCCUACUAGCGAAACAGUAAUGUAUCCUGCCUAUGCAAAGUGGGUUCAGUCACACAGGGAUCUGCCAAUCAAACUUAAUCAGUGGUGUAAUGUGGUGCGUUGGGAGUUCAAACAUCCACAGCCUUUCUUGCGGACUCGUGAAUUCCUGUGGCAGGAGGGACACACGGCAUUCUCAACUUACGAGGAAGCAGCGGAAGAGGUGUUGCAGAUUCUUGAGUUGUAUGCUCGAGUGUAUGAAGAACUUAUGGCAAUCCCUGUUGUGAAAGGAAGAAAAACAGAAAAAGAAAAGUUUGCAGGUGGAGAUUAUACAACCACUGUUGAGGCCUUUAUAUCAGCCAGUGGGCGAGCUAUCCAGGGAGCAACCUCUCAUCACUUGGGACAGAAUUUUUCAAAGAUGUUUGAGAUUGUUUUUGAAGACCCCAAGGUCCCGGGAGAGAAACAGUUUGCUUAUCAGAACUCUUGGGGCAUCACAACUCGGACCAUCGGCGUAAUGGCCAUGAUUCACGGAGAUAACAUGGGUCUGGUGCUGCCACCCAGAGUAGCUUGUGUACAGGUUGUGAUUAUUCCUUGCGGUAUCACAAAUGCGCUUUCGGAAGAAGAUCGGGAGGCUCUGGUGGCAAAGUGUAAUGAAUACCGAAUGCGAUUGCACAGUGCUAACAUCCGUGUGCGUGUUGACUUGAGAGACAACUAUUCACCUGGCUGGAAAUUCAAUCACUGGGAGCUUAAGGGUGUGCCAGUGAGGCUUGAAGUUGGACCACGAGAUAUGAAAAAUUGUCAGUUCGUAGCUGUCAGAAGAGACACAGGAGAGAAGUUGACUUUUGCUGAAAGCGAAGCAGUGGACCGACUCAGACACAUUCUGGAAGAGAUCCACGCUAAUCUUUACAACAGAGCUUUUGAAGACCUUAAGACACACAUGGUGGUGGCCAACACAAUGGAAGAAUUUCAGAAGGAGCUUGAUUCAGGGAAGAUAGUGCAAAUUCCAUUUUGUGGUGAAAUAGACUGUGAGGACUGGAUCAAGAAAACCACUGCCAGAGAUCAAGACCUUGAGCCGGGUGCCCCAUCUAUGGGAGCAAAAAGUCUCUGCAUCCCCUUCAAACCUCUCCAUUCGCUGCAGAAAGGAGCAAAAUGUGUCUGUGGAAAGAAUCCUGCCAAGUUCUACACCCUCUUUGGUCGUAGUUACUAAGAUUCUAGCUGAAAGUAUUCCUUGUCUUUUGAGUCCUCAACUUUUUAAGACUGAAAUCUUCCCAGAUCCUAUCAAGUUUUGUUACUUUUCAAAACAACAGUGGUUAAUAAAGCCAUAUAGAGUCAUGCCACUUCAGUCAGUCAGACUCGUAGUAAUGCAUAGAUUUUUCUGUAUACGACAUCUCUAAUAAUAAAUGUGUAUUGUCAGCUGUUA